AUGCAUGUCGAGCUGGGCCGGCCGCAGGUCUCCAGGACACCCGGCCGAUUCCGCGCCCCGGCGAUCGAUAUACUCGAACCAGGAGAGGCAGGUAUUCAGACGGCAGGAACGAGCGCUGUCUGGUGCUCACAUGGGGAAGAGCGAGAGACAUAUGGGGGGAAAGAGAGAGAAAUAGGCAAGUGGGAAGGCUUUAGGUUGCCAAUUUGGGAAUGGAGAGGAGGUGUGUUUGCCUUGAAACGCCGUCAGACAGGGCAGGAUCCUCUCCACAGCGGCCGUGGGUUGUUUUGGUUGUUGUGGUGGUGGUGGUGGCGGUGUGGUUGUGGUGACGACUGGAGUGCGGUGUUUCGCAAAUGCCUCAGGAUGACGUGCCGGCGCGCGAAUACCCCGUACAGAGAGGAACCGCCAGAGAGACAGACAGACAGACAGACAGGCGAAACGACGCAUGGAGCUCCCUACAUACAAUAUGUACAUCGGAGGGUCGGAAAUUGGACGAAGGUGGGCCAUUGGGCAAUUCCACAAGGAGCGCCCAGGCGGCCCCCCGACCAAUCAGAGCAGGCCCGAGGGAGCGGAUAG